AUGACUUAUCAACGUUUGGACUUAUGUAAAGCGCAUUCUGAUGACACAGAUGUUGUCAAAGGGCAAAUCGUCGUGUCCUUAAUGUCACGGGACGGUCAUAACGGCGCUGUAAGUAACACAGUCGGUCAUAACGCCGUAGUUGAUGUGCUCGGAGAUCUGAGUUGCCCGAAUGAUCUACCAGACGGUUGGGAAGAAAGAAGAACGGAAAGUGGUCGACUUUACUACGUAAAUCAUCACACCAAGAGCACGCAAUGGAUACGUCCGAAUGCUCGGCCUAACAAUGCUAUUAUACCGACGACACCGGAACCACCACCAUUGUCAUCAUCGGAGCCUACAUCACCCAGCAGUAGCGUGAGCUCGCCGAACGUAAGAAACGAGGGAAGUCCCGCAAGACAUAUGUCUCCCGAAUGGACUGGCGAGGGAAUGGACAGUACAUUAAGUCAAACACCCAGCCGAGAUAACUCGACGCAAAAUACUCCGAGAAAUACACCGACGCAACAACAACAGCAAAAUCGCAAUCAGAAUCAACACAACGUAAGAAAUGCGACGUCGGCAUUGUCCUUAAGGGAUCGACGUAUUAUUAGAGGAAAUGAUGAACAAAAUGGCAAUCAAAAUGCAAAUGGAAGAGUAGAACGUGGCCUUAACAGCGGAGGUCAAAUUCGAAGGCCUAAUCGCAGCAAUAGGAACAGAAAUAGCGUUAUGUCGAGUAAUGACAGACGAACCGAUCCGCCACAACCACCGGACCUACCUCGUGGUUAUGAAAUGAGGAAAACUCAACAAGGUCAAGUAUAUUUCUAUCACGUACCAACUGGAUCUUCUACUUGGCACGACCCAAGGAUUCCGCGCGACUUGCAAGCUAAUGAAUUGGUGAACGAGCUGGGUCCUCUUCCCAGCGGAUGGGAAAUGAGGCAGACCCAGAGUGGACGAGUAUAUUUCGUAGAUCACAAUAAUAGGACAACGCAGUUUACUGAUCCCAGACUGUCCAGUCAAAUAAUAAGCAGUCUACUGAAAAGGCAAAACAACAAUGUGAACAAUCAAACUGCGAAUAAUGCAAAUAAUUCGAUAACGAGCGAAAUCGCUGAAGCGGAUACAACGAAUUCGUCGAUGAUUCAACCUAAUACGCCACAGCAACCAAUGAGAAAUGAAAACGGAAGUAACAAUAAUUCUCCAACAAUGGAAAGUGCCUCAUCUCAAAAUGCUCAAACAGUAUCAGAAUUACCGAAGGAGCUCAUGGAUAAUGAGCUUCUUCCAAAAUACAAGCGUGAUUUAGUAGCAAAGUUGAAAUGCCUUCGAGCGGAACUGAAUGCUCUUCAGCCUCAGAGUGGACACUGUAGGUUGGAGGUGUCGAGGAAUGAAAUAUUCGAAGAAUCAUACAGAUUGAUAAUGAAAAUGCGUCCGAAAGAUAUGCGCAAAAGGCUCAUGGUCAAAUUCCGCGGCGAGGAAGGUCUUGAUUACGGCGGCGUCGCACGUGAAUGGUUGUAUUUAUUGUCUCAUGAGAUGCUAAAUCCGCAAUACGGACUCUUUCAGUAUUCAAGAGAUGAUAAUUAUACGCUUCAAAUUAAUCCGGAUUCAGGCAUAAAUCCAGAACAUUUAUCAUAUUUCCAUUUUGCCGGAAGGAUUAUAGGCAUCGCCGUCUUUCACGGUCAUCACGUUGACGGUGGUUUUACUACUCCGUUCUAUAAAAUGUUGCUUAAUAAAGCUAUAACUUUGAGCGACAUAGAAGGUGUUGAUCCGGAACUACACAGGAGCCUUACAUGGAUGUUGGAAAAUAGCAUAGACGGCGUGUUGGAUGCUACUUUUUCUGUAGAGCACAGUAGUUUCGGCGUAUUGAAGAAUCACGAACUAAAGCCAGGCGGUAAAGACAUUUCGGUGACGGAAGAAAACAAGAGAGAAUAUGUCCGCUUAUACGUAAAUUAUCGAUUUAUGCGCGGUAUCGAGCAACAAUUCUUAGCAUUACAGAAAGGAUUUCACGAACUGAUACCUCCCUUGUUAUUAAGACCGUUCGACGAACGCGAAUUGGAGUUAGUUAUUGGCGGUUUGGGCACUAUCGACAUAAACGAUUGGAAAAUGCACACUCGGCUUAAGCAUUGCACGCCUGAUACACCGGUUGUGCAAUGGUUCUGGCAGAUAGUGGAAUCGUAUGGUGAAGAAAUGAGAGCGAGAUUGCUUCAAUUUGUUACCGGUAGCUCCAGAGUUCCGUUACAGGGAUUCAAGGCUUUGCAAGGAUCGACAGGAGCGGCAGGUCCACGGCUUUUUACGAUCCAUGCCGUUGAUGCCCCAAGCGAAAAUCUCCCAAAAGCACAUACUUGUUUCAAUAGAAUAGACAUACCGCAAAAUUAUCCAACUUAUCAGAAGAUGCUUGACAAGCUUACGCAGGCGGUUGAAGAAACUUGUGGCUUUGCUGUAGAGUAAUAUGUUGCGAUUAUUACAACUUUAGCAUGAUCUUUUCUAUUAAGCCCAUAUCAGAUUAUAUGUUGAAGAUUGAGAAUGCGAAACAAAAAUUAGAAUUUAAUCAC